AUGUGGCCAGAGUUGUACUCGCUGAACGAUUAUAAGCCACCCAUUUCUAAAGCUAAAAUGACACAGAUCACCAAGGCAGCAAUCAAGGCUAUAAAGUUCUACAAGCACGUUGUACAGAGUGUUGAGAAAUUCAUUCAAAAGUGCAAGCCAGAAUACAAGGUACCUGGUCUGUAUGUCAUUGACUCCAUUGUAAGACAGUCCCGGCAUCAGUUUGGGCAGGAAAAGGAUGUAUUUGCUCCAAGAUUCAGCAAUAACAUCAUCAGCACUUUCCAGAACUUGUACCGUUGUCCAGGGGAUGACAAGAGUAAAAUUGUUAGAGUGCUGAAUUUAUGGCAGAAGAAUAAUGUGUUCAAGAGUGAAAUCAUUCAGCCUCUCUUGGUAAUUCCUCCUCCAGUUGUGACUCCUGUCUUGCCCAGCACUACAGCUGCUAUGAGCAACAAUACACCAGGAACACCUGUGACUCCAGUUACUCCAGCCAAUGUGGUACAGAGUUUACCUGAUCCUUGGGUAUCUCAGAUUGCUAAUACAGAUACCCUGGCUGCUGUGGCACAGAUUUUACAGAGUCCUCAAGGCCAACAGCUUCAGCAGUUGAUACAGACAUUGCAGAUACAGCAGCAGAAACCUCAGCCUUCGCUACUUCAAGCCCUGGAUGCUGGUCUUGUCGUUCAGUUACAGGCCCUCACAGCGCAACUUACAGCUGCAGCUGCUGCUGCUAACACGCUUAAUCCGUUGGAACAGAGUGUCUCUUUUAAUAAG